GUGCUUAUAAAUUGCGCACUUUAUCGAGUUAAAUAAUGCAAAUUAGAAGGAGACGAAUAAUCCUCCAAAUUUUUUCUCUCCUCCCAAAGAAACCUCUGCAACAACAACAACAAAAAUGUGGCGACUCUCGAUAUCUGUUGUCUUCCUCCCAUGCAUCGCCGCUUUUCUACUCACAGCUCUUUCUUCAGCGUAUGGCUAUGGCGACUCGGAGGCGACAUGUUCAGGAAUAGUUCCCUUAAGGUACCGGAACGAUAAGAUCUCUAUAACAGACUUUGGCGGCGUCGGGGACGGAAGGACGGUGAACAGUAAGGCGUUUAGGGCGGCGAUAUAUAGGAUUCAGCAUCUGAGGAGGAGAGGAGGCACGGUGCUGUACAUACCACCGGGAGUGUUUCUAACGGAGAGCUUCAGUCUCACUAGCCAUAUGACUCUCUUCUUGGCCAGAGGCGCUGUUAUCAAAGCUGUUCAGGAUACAAGGAAUUGGCCAUUGAUUGAUCCUUUGCCAUCUUAUGGAAGAGGGAGGGAGUUACCAGGGGCACGGUAUAUGAGCUUCAUUCAUGGUGAUGGCCUUCGUGAUGUAUUCAUCACUGGACAAAACGGGACAAUAGACGGUCAAGGGGAAGUGUGGUGGAACAUGUGGCGCAGUAGAACACUAAAGUUUACAAGACCGAAUCUAAUCGAGUUCAAGAACUCUAAGGAGAUCAUAAUCUCCAAUGUUAUUUUCCAGAACUCACCCUUCUGGAACAUUCACCCUGUCUAUUGCAGUGAUGUUGUUAUCCAUCACGUUACCAUCUUAGCUCCACAAGAUUCCCCUAACACCGAUGGAAUCGAUCCAGAUUCCAGCAACAACGUCUGCAUAGAAGACUCCUACAUCUCAACAGGGGACGACCUUGUAGCCAUCAAGAGCGGUUGGGACGAGUACGGAAUCGCUUUUGGCCGUCCAAGCUCAAACAUAACGAUACGCCGCAUCACAGGAUCUUCUCCGUACGCAGGUAUCGCAAUAGGAAGCGAAACAUCAGGAGGAAUCAAGAACAUCGUAGCAGAACAUAUCAGUCUCUCCAAUAUGGGCCUUGGAGUCAACAUCAAGACAAACAUUGGUCGUGGAGGAUACAUCAAAAACAUCAAAAUCUCUAACGUCUAUGUUGAAAACGCAAAGUACGGGAUCAAGAUCGCUGGCGACACGGGAGAUCACCCUGACGCAUUUUAUAACCCGAACGCUCUUCCAAUCGUUAAAGGAAUACAUAUUAAUAACGUUUGGGGGGUUAACGUGCAAAACGCCGGCUCCAUUCAAGGCCUUAAGGGUUCACCUUUUACAGGAAUAUGUCUGAGUGAGAUUAAUCUACAUGGAAGUUUGAACUCGUAUCGGACGUGGAAGUGUUCCGAUGUUAUUGGAACAUCACUCAAGGUCAGCCCUUGGCCUUGUUCAGAGCUGAGAACUACCAGCGGGUCUUAUUCGUGUUCUUCCACCUUCUGAUGUUUUUCUGUAUAUAUGUUUGUAUUUUCUAAAUUUAAACUCAUAAAAUUUAAUUAUAUAAUGGGUGCAAAAUUUUAAAAUAAUGAAUGCUGAAUAAUUUUAUAUAGUAAAGUCUGGUUUCAUUGCUA